CAAAUGCACUUGUUUCGUUUGAAGUGCAGGCAGUGUAAUUUUUUAGUGCAGUUAUGUAGAAUAGGUCGUUGAAGAAUCAGUUGAUCACGUGACUUUCCAUACAAAUGCACCGUUUGAGCGCGCGUGGUUUAUCGCGAGUUUUUCAGUUGUCUUAUCUGAAUUGAAGAGUUCUCUCAGUGGUUACUGAUCGUUUCGGAUUGUCGUGAGAACACUUUGAGAGGAGAAUCGCGUCAUAUCAUCGCCUGGCUGCCAAAAAUCGUCGCAUUCAAAAUCGGCCGCACUUUCGCCAAGCGAGAUGGGGAGAUCAAGGUUGAAGAAGAAACUGAAACUUGAAGAAUCGAGAGAAGAGUCAACUGAUACAAAGAGCACAACGAUACCGAUAAAGAAUUUGCCGGAAAAAUUUAUCUGCAUGCACGUGAAGAGCGGCACCAAGAUUAGAAACGUCCUUGGCUACGCGUUGAAAGAAUUUCCCAAUUAUGAUAGCGUCGUCUGGACCGGCGUCGGGCAAGCCAUUGGGAAAACCAUUUCCUGCGCAGAACUCUUCAAGAGGAGGCACGAGGAUCUUCACCAAGUCACAAAGUUGCGUUACACCAAGAGGUCGAAGGGAUCGAAGGGAGACGCAACCGACGAAAUUCAUCAAAUACCGGAAAUUCACAUCUUGUUGACUAAGAAUGUCAAAGACACAACCGAGCUUGGAUAUCAAGCACCCGGAGAUUGUGGGGAAUUUCUGGAGAAAGAAGAUGCAGCGAAUUCGAAAACGAACACUAAAGCAGGAAACGCCAAUCAUAUGGCCCGCAUCGAUACGGAGCAAUUUUCUGCGAUGGGACUGAGAAUUGGACAGAAAAGGCCAAGAGAUACGCAAGCGGACUCAUUCUUGAGAAAAAAUAAAAAGAGCAGAUCCUGAUGGAUAACUGUACAAAUUAACUCGCAGUUUAGACAAUAUUUAUAUAAAUAGUGCCAAUUUUCUCGAAGCGUAAUAUGAUUUGCAAAUAUUGAAAAUAGAUUUUACUAACAGAAAAUCUCUUUCUCUCUCUCUCCCUCCUUCCUUCUUUCUUUCUCCUUCUCCAGACCAAUCUUCCCAGCAUCAAAUUUUAAUCUGUUCGAUUUUGAUACUUUUGUUGAGA